GAUUGAAGAGCGUUUGCGGAUUGUUCUCCCGGUAUCAUAAAGACCCGUAUUAUCGUUUUAUUUGACGUUUGCAGCAGUGGACUGACAUUUGGUCAACAUGUAUGUGAUUAAACGAGAUGGACGCCAGGAGCGAGUUAUUUUUGAUAAAAUCACCUCUCGUAUCCAGAAGCUUUGCUAUGGGCUCAACUGUGACUUUGUAGAUCCAACCCAGAUUACAAUGAAGGUGAUCCAGGGUCUGUACAGUGGUGUGACCACUGUGGAACUAGACACUCUUGCAGCAGAGACUGCUGCCACCCUCACAACUAAACAUCCUCACUAUGCAAUCCUGGCUGCGCGAAUCGCUGUCUCUAACCUGCACAAAGAGACCAAGAAAGUCUUCAGUGACGUGAUGGAGGACCUGUACAAUUAUGUCAACCCAUUAAAUAAAAACCAUUCUCCUCUGAUCUCUAAGGAGACCCUCGACAUUGUCCGUGAAAACAAGGAUCGUCUCAACUCAGUUAUCAUUUAUGACAGAGAUUUUUCCUACAAUUUCUUUGGCUUCAAGACUCUUGAACGUUCUUAUUUGUUGAAGAUUAAUGGCAAAGUUUCUGAGAGACCCCAGCACAUGCUGAUGAGGGUGGCUGUUGGGAUUCAUCAAAGAGACAUUGACGCGGCCGUUGAGACGUACAAUCUACUAUCAGAGAAGUGGUUCACUCACGCCUCACCUACACUGUUCAAUGCCGGCACCAACAGGUCACAGCUGUCCAGUUGUUUCUUGUUAGCUAUGAAAGAUGACAGCAUUGAGGGUAUUUAUGACACACUGAAGCAGUGUGCGCUCAUCUCCAAAUCUGCUGGUGGUAUCGGGGUGGCGGUUAGCUGCAUCCGAGCAACUGGCAGUUAUAUUGCUGGGACAAAUGGCAUUUCCAACGGGUUGGUUCCGAUGCUUCGAGUGUACAAUAAUACAGCACGUUAUGUGGACCAGGGUGGCAACAAGAGGCCUGGGGCGUUCGCCAUGUACCUGGAGCCGUGGCAUUAUGAUGUGUUUGACUUUUUGGAAUUGAAGAAGAACACUGGCAAAGAGGAGCAGAGGGCCAGAGACUUGUUCUUUGCCUUGUGGAUCCCGGACCUCUUCAUGAAACGAGUGGAAAACAAUCAGGACUGGUCUCUGAUGUGCCCAAAUGAAUGUCCUGGGUUGGAAGACUGCUGGGGAAACGAAUUUGAAAAACGCUACACUCAGUAUGAGAAGGAAGGCAGAGCUAAGCGUGUGGUGAAAGCUCAACAGCUGUGGUACGCAAUCAUUGAGGCCCAGACAGAAACUGGUACACCGUAUAUGCUCUACAAAGAUGCCUGCAAUCGGAAGAGCAACCAGCAGAAUCUUGGCACCAUCAAAUGCAGCAAUCUGUGCACGGAGAUCGUAGAAUAUGCUAGCAAAGAUGAGGUUGCAGUGUGUAACUUGGCCUCCAUUGCCCUCAAUAUGUAUGUCACCCCUAAAAGGACAUUUGACUUCGCAAAACUUGCAUCAGUGACCAAGGUCAUUGUCAAGAACUUGAACAAGAUCAUUGACAUCAACUACUACCCAGUACCUCAGGCUAAGAGAUCCAACCAACGUCACAGGCCGAUUGGAAUCGGCGUGCAGGGCCUGGCCGAUGCAUUCAUCCUUAUGCGGUACCCAUUUGAAAGCACAGAGGCUCAGCUCCUCAACAUUCAGAUCUUUGAGACCAUCUACUACGCUGCCCUGGAGUCCAGCUGCGAGCUGGCAGCUAAGUACGGCACCUACGAAACCUACCCUGGUUCUCCUAUCAGCAAAGGAAUCCUUCAGUAUGACAUGUGGGAUAAAACCACCACAGAUUUAUGGGAUUGGAAAGAAUUAAAGGAGAAGAUUAGUAGACAUGGUGUGAGGAACAGUCUGCUGCUGGCCCCCAUGCCAACAGCUUCCACAGCACAGAUCCUGGGCAACAAUGAGUCAAUCGAACCCUACACCAGUAACAUCUACACCCGCAGGGUGCUCUCUGGAGAGUUUCAGAUUGUAAAUCCUCACCUGCUGAAGGAUCUAACAGAGAGAGGACUCUGGACUGAUGAAAUGAAGAACCAGCUAAUUGCUCAGAAUGGGUCUAUCCAGGGUAUUGCCGGGAUCCCCGAUGACUUAAAGCAGCUGUAUAAAACUGUUUGGGAAAUCUCUCAGAAGACUGUGCUGAAGAUGGCAGCAGACCGUGGCGCCUUCAUCGAUCAGAGCCAGUCUCUAAACAUCCACAUUGCUGAGCCAAACUACGGCAAAUUGACCAGCAUGCACUUCUACGGUUGGAGGCUGGGUCUGAAAACUGGGAUGUAUUACCUGAGGACAAAGCCUGCCGCAAAUCCCAUUCAGUUCACCCUCAACAAGGAGAAACUAAAGGAGGCCCCAUCAGCCAAGAACCAAGAGGAGGAGAAGACCAAAGAGCGCAACAAUGCCGCCAUGGUCUGUUCAUUGCAGAAUAAAGAUGAGUGUCUAAUGUGUGGUUCCUAACUUUGAUUCACUCAGAUAAAUGUACCUCCCAGUUUCAAAAGGGAUUGUUGGAAAAGGGUGCUAUUCUUUAAAUGUGGUUUGUUUGUUUUUUUGUUGUUUUUUUUUUUGUUUGUUUUUUAGAUUUUUGUCUUACAUGUGCCCCUGUCUUUAAGUCUUUUUUGUUUGUUUGUUUGUUUGUUACCCCCCACCCCCCUCGCUGCCAGUCAAGUUGGAGGAGGUUAUAUUUUUGUCCCUGUCUGUUUGUUUUUGAACAACCUGGAGCCCAUCAUUUUUCUUAUGUCGUUAUGAAAUUUUUACUGAAGAUUCAUAUGGUGACAGGCAACGGAUUCAAUUUUCAAAGUCAAAGUCAGGAAAAACCUUAGAAAAUUGGAAACAUCCCUAUUUUUAACAUUGAACAAAUUUUCAAAAAUUCAUAACUCUGUCAAAAAAAGAUCAAAUUAAUUUUAUAUUUGAGAGCGUUAUGUAGGAUGGCAUCCUUUACCAACCGACAAUCUGGAUUUGAUCCAGAUCGGAUCCAGAUUACAGAUUUUGUGGCCAUUUAAAUUUAACAUUGAAA